AUGAGCAAUGAUCCAAUAUCGUCUGAUGCGGGGCGCGAAACGCCUCUUCCGCAAUACGAAAAGACACAAUCAGUGCCAUUUACCCUAAACCUCCAAGAAGAUGCGCGCAAUCCUGGCCAAUUCCAGCUCGUCUUCAACCUGGGCCCGAAACAGCAGUCAUCGAUCGAAGUACCUCUGAGUGGUGCACCUAAUCUUGCGGCGUCCACAGCUUCGCGAGACGGCUUGAAUUCUAAUGCAGGAACCUCAGUACCCUUUGCGCUUCAAAAGACCAGUCCACCGACUACUCCUCUACACGACAAGCAAGGCUGGGCCGACCUAGACAAUGUACCUCCUGAAUUUCUGAAAAAGGUCGUACCAGAUUGGAAUGCGUCGUUCUCGCGGAGCGACUCAACAGCUUCCAUCCAGUCCAAACGACUUAACGAUAUCAAAGCCAGGAUCAAGAAGAAAGGGAAGGGCUAUGUGGUGCGCUUGCUCAAAGGUUCGACAGACUCGAACGAGAUAGCAGAAGUGGAUCUGGGCCAGCAUAUCGCUGCGAACCAGACAUCUGAGACUCCAGAGCUUGACUCAGCGACUCUGCCUGCUGAGUUGUAUUCACCCCCAACAACUAUUGCAUCAAUCUCCGAUAGUCUUCUGGGUCGUAAUGACAUCUUCGAGAUCGGUACUUCCAACACAUCAGGCGUUCAACGACCACCGCCGUCUGCGAUUCCACCAAGGAGUCAUCUGCCGCAUCAUAGUUUAGCCAGAACUUCGAUUGCAGAGGAUGGCUUCAGUGAUGCCGAGACUCUGAUACCAGACAUUCGCUCGAUCCACGACCGUAUGGAUGAAGAUCAGACUGAUGUAGAAGCGUCAUGUCAGGCCCCAUCGCUGUUUCCCACUCGCUCGGCUUCGGUCUCCAGUAUCGUCAAAACGCCAACUCGCGGUCUGUCACUCGUUGGACCCGUCAGAAAGCGUGUCGAGAAGAAGACGCGUCCCCGAGUGAAGAGUCGCGGAGCAACCCUGGACCUCAAGCGGUCAGAUGCUCACAAAUCUGUCAAGCGUCGCGUAGAAUCGACAGCUUUUGCAUCCGACGAUCAAGUCAUAGAGGAUUUGGUGAACUCGACUACUUUGCGUCAGCGCAUUCGUCCGGUGUCUCGGAAAUCGACGGAAAUUAAUCUACUGGCAGAAGAGUAUGCCACCUGGUCACAACCGAUGCGAGAUACGAGUGCGGUCAAACCGCGGCAUGUCCGGCAUGCAUCAGCAGACGACCUGCAUGUCCCUUCUCGGCCCAAACAUGGUUUACGGUUAAACACCGACGUACCUCAGACCAAGUCAACUCAUGUGUCGCCAGCGACGCGCCGCAAGAGAUCACCCAGGAUACGGAAGCAUGCAUCGUCCUCUUCUUCGUCAAUAGGAACCGAGGAUGCCAAUGCACUGCUAUCAUCCCAGUCAACAGGAGCGAGCCGCGCAGAUGAGCUCCGUGAAGCGCUAAGAAGAGCUUUAGAUCAGAUUGAGUCAGGGAAUGAGGAUCUUGGUGAUAGAUUCGAAAAACCUGUAGUGCCCACCAUUGUCGAACCGUCCAUUGACGAUCACGUUGGCGAGAUACCACUACCUCCGGAAGCAGAAAUACGGAUGGCAUCUCCUGAGGGUCGAAACACAACAUUGAGAGGCAGCGACCCUUCCAAGUAUAGCCCAUCGCGUACCGUCGCCAGCAACCCCUUCAGUGUCCGUAUGCCGUCCUUCGUCCAAGAAUUCUGGCUCCUGACCUGUGCGAACGAAGGCCGCCUGACACCAAAGAUCGUCCAUCUCGAUGUCAACGAAGGGCGCGUGAGAAGCGACAAAGAUCUAGCGCUUGCACUGCGAGAGCACUAUGACCAGCUCAAUCGACGGUGGUUCAACUGGGCUCGUCUUCGCGGGCUAACGACCAUCGAGUUUGUCCAAUUCGAAGUCCAUCGCAAUCGAUUCGCGGAUAUUCGAGCGACGCCGUCUAUGCCGCCCAAGUCCGCUGCUUCUUCAGCUUCUACCAGCGAGUCAGAGAAAUCUGCAGCGCCGUCUCAGCAUCCGUACACCUUCGAGCCCAACGACCUUCUGCCGCCUGUGGGUAGCACGUAUCUCCUCCAUUUGUUCAAGCACCCGCAGGACUAUGAAGGCGAGCUGAUAACGUAUCUUCGCAGUCCGAAACGGCGACAGCGGUUGGAGUUCGGUAUGGGAUGGGGCGUUCAUCUCGUGGAGGGGUUUCUUGCGCAGCGCGUGUGGGCAGUGACUAUGGGCGUUUGCGGUUUGGGUAGUGCGGUCUUCGCGAUUCUGUGGACAAUUAAGAAGGACGAUGUGCAGGGUGCCUUUGGGGUUGCGCAAUGGGUGUUGGGUAUUGCUGUUUUGCUGGUUGGCGGUCUGCAGGCGUGGUUGGAGUAG